GUAGGAGAUAAAGUUUGGCUCGAUAUCCGCUACUGGAAGAGUGACCGUUUACGAAAGAAAAAGCUUAGCCCGCUCCACCACCGGUUUACGGUUUUAGAAGCCAUCGGAGGAAGCGCCUAUCGGCUUAACACACCAGGGGAACGUUAUAACGUUUUCCACGAGUCGCUUCUCCGCCCUACGUCAGAUAAUCCCUUCCCGACUCAAGUUUAA